UUCAGGACAGGUGCAGUCAUUACUUAUGGUGAUGCUCCUGUCACCAAGCCAAAGCCUUUAGAUGGGCGACAGAGGAAAGAAGCUGGUUUAACCUUCAUCCUAUCAGAAUGUCAGUUAAUUUGGAAAUACAGAAGGACCAGGAGAUAUAGUAAUAGUUGAAAGAGUUUUUAUUCUGUCUGGUAACGUUGGUGUUUUUCUGUGACGAAGAUGGCGCAAGCACUGUCAGAAGAGGAGUUCCAUCGCAUGCAGGCUCAGCUCUUGGAGUUGAGAACACAGAAUUACCAACUGUCGGAUGAGCUGCGGAAAAAUACAGCGGAGCUCAACAGUGUUCGUCAGAAGAUCUCGAACUUGGAGAAGGACUAUGUCAAAGCGCAAAAGGCUUUGAACAAGAGUAAGAAAGCACAGGAGGUAGAUGCCUUAAUCAAUGAGAAUAAGAUGCUUCAGGGCAAGUUACACAGUCAAGAGGAUGAUUUCAGACUGCAGAACAGCACCCUCAUGCAAGAGCUGUCCAAGCUGUGUUCUCAGAUUGAGCUGUUGGAAUCAGAGAAUCAAGGACUGAGGGAUGGUAAAGGGCUGGAAAAACCCGCCUGCAGCCCUGCUUCUGCUCCAGUGGAUGCUGAGCUACUGCGUCUACAGGCUGAAAACUCUGCCCUGCAGAAGAAGUUAACAGCUCUCCAGGAAAUAGCAGAUGGUAAUGGUGGAAAAGCAGCGCUCGUUGAUGGAUCGACUGGCACUAAUGGUGUCCAGUCAGAUGCCAGUGGUCACAGUAAUGACUCUUCUGCCUCAGGAAAUGAUCAAACCGAUCAGGCCGACCUGCAAAGUGUUAAAGCAGAAAAGCGAGAAAAUGAAGUGAGGGAGGUGGCAUUAAAGCUUCAAACAGAAAUGGAGGAGAAAUGCUUACUGAGGGAACAACUCCAGACACUAGAGAUUUCCAAGCAGGCAGAAAUUACAAAACUACAAGAAGAAAGUGCUAAAUUGACUGAUAAAUUAAAGAAAAAACAAGAGAGCUUCCAGCGGCUACAAGUCGAGAAGGAAGUACUUUACAAUGACAGCAGGACUAAAAUUGAUGAGAUCCAACAGAGGAAAGAGGAGGAGCUCAAAUCCAUAAACCUUCGUGUGCAGAAACUGCAGACGGAUUUAAUGGCCGCCAACCAGAAUGUGGGCGAGCUUAAGGAGCAGUUGCAGAGUAAACAGAAAGAGCAUGAGAUGGCCAUCCAUGCGCUCAAAGAUCAGAUCCAAACAGUGAAGACUCAGGAACUGAAUUUGCUGAGAGAGCAAAAUCUUGCGCUGAACGCCGAGCUUCAGCAGAGACGUACUGACCAGGAGAGCUUUCUAGCACAGAGAGAUGAUCUCAACUCACAGCUACAGGAGUCAAAUCGAGCGAACAGUCGACUUCUGGAGCAGCUCACUGAACUCGGUCUGGAGAAGGAUAAGCUACUGCAGGAUUUGGAGGAGGCCCGAAAGACAGCAGAUAAGCGUAAGGUCAUGCUGGAUGAACUGGCCAUUGAGACGGCGCAGGAAAAGUCUCGGCACAAAGAGGAGCUCAGUAAUGUGCGCUUACAGCAUGAGAAGGAGGUGCUGAGUAUCAGAGCUCGAUACGAGAAGGAGCUUCGAGGCCUCCAUGAAGAGAAGAACCGCAUUGAAGAGGAGAUCCGCUCUCAGCUACGAGAUGAGAGGGCACGUACCAAAGAGCUUGAAGGUCUUCAGCCAUACGUGGAGGAGCUGAAGGCCCAGGUUCAGUCUAUGGAGGGAACGAAGGGCUGGUUUGAGCGCAGACUCAAGGAAGCAGAGGAGACUAUGGAAAGGAGCAAACUGGACCACGCAGAAGAGAUCAAGCGGCUACAGAAAGAUCACACUCUCCAGCUGGAGGCUAAAGCUGCAGAGGUGGAUGCAGUCCAACAGCAAGUGACAGAGAUGGAGAAAGAGAGAGAAGAUCUCAACAACACAAUCGGCAAACUCAAACAGGAGAUUAAAGACACCGUGGAUGGACAGAGAAUCCUGGAGAAAAAAGGUAGUUCAGCGCUGAAAGACUUGAAAAGGCAGCUCCAUCUAGAGAGAAAGAGAGCCGAUAAACUCCAGGAGCGACUGCAGGAAAUCCUAACCAACACUAAAACCAGAACAGGUCUGGAGGAGCUGGUUUUGUCAGAGAUCAGUUCUCCGAGUCGAACGCAGCAGACAGGCGACAGCAGCAGCAUUUCCUCCUUCAGCUACAGAGAUAUCAUGAAAGACGGGGCUUCGGCUCCCAGCACCAAUAAGUCAAACACCAGCAGCCCUCAGUCUCAACGGCCAGCUGACCUUUCAGACGAUGAGGUUAGUGAGCUCUUCCAGAGGCUUGCUGAGGUCCAGCAGGAGAAGUGGAUGCUGGAGGAGAAGGUGAAACACUUGGAGGUCAGCUGCGCUUCAAUGGCCGAUGACAUCUGUAAAAAAAGCGCAAUUAUUGAGACGUACGUCAUGGACAGCCGGAGAGAUGUAUCAGGAGGUGUUGGAUUGGCUCAUAGUGCUCAGCCUGACCGUGGAGGUUUGAGUUCGGUUCUGAGGGACUUGGUGAAACCCGGAGAUGAGAAUCUGCGCGAGAUGAACAAAAAGCUGCAGAACAUGCUGGAGGAACAACUGACAAAGAACAUGCACCUACAGAAGGAUCUGGAAGUUUUGUCCCAGGAGAUUGUGCGUUUGAGUAAAGACACCACCCCUGCGGAAAACUCCAAAACCACAGGCUAAAACUGGACGCCGUCCACCGGAAGAUUUCAGUACACCUCUCUUUCUCUUUCUCUCAUCUCUUCACGGCUACCAGGAGGUGCACUCUGCACUCAUCUCUUACAAAAGACCUGCAAAGAUCUCUGACAUACAGGGAGCACAGAGGGUCAAAAAACAGUCCAUCUGUGAUUUACAUACUACUGAAUGUAACGUAACACUUUAAAUGUUUUGUUUGUCAGGUGAGAACUGGUAGAAAAAGAAAAAAAGUCUGUCGAGCAAACCCCUGGCUGCUUGACGUCUGUGAACUGUGUGUUCGGGACGUGACCUGGCCUCGUCAGGUCAGGAUCACUUCACCACCACUAAUUCAGGAAAGUGUAUGUGCGAUGUUGGCGUCCUCAAAACUGCUAUCACUGUUGUAUUGCCUGUUUUGUAAAUUCGAUCUGCUAAAGACACUUAUUUUGGGUGUGUGAAUGUGUGGGGCUAGAACGUUUCUUGUAUUUAUUUGUGCCAGAAAUCCAAAAAUCAUCAUGUUUGCCGUACAUCUCUACAGUAUGCUGCUUCUAUUUGAAUGAAAAUUGAACAGAAUUGUUUAUUUAAAAAAUAAUAAUUGUGUGCAUUUGAUUGCUGCGAUAAUUAUUAGUUUUCGGACGAGGGUCUCUUAAUGUUCGAGUAGCAGUUGCCUGGACUGUCCUCGUUAAGCAGCAAUUUCUCCACAGCUUAACAGCUCCAUUCGACACCUCUCUAUCUGUCUCGCUGUUGGGGAACGGACCAAUUUCUCACAGCGCGCACUUGAUUCCUGCUGGACUCCUUUGAGAAGCUAAACGCCUGUUUGGCAUUUUGGGUCAUUGUAUGUCAAUGCCCUUGUCGUUUUUUUUUUUUUUUUGUGAAUGAUGCGACAUGAAUCUGCUUUUAUUCAGCGCUUUCUGAACAUUUUUAAAAUUCUGAUACAUACAGAAUUGUUUUAUUUGAUUAAUCGUGGCAUCGUGUGACUGAUAUUUUGCCCUGUUUACACAGUCACUUUAUCUACUUUUCCUGUUUAACUGCUUGCACUGAUCAUGAUAAGAGCUAUUGAGUCUUGAUUUAUCCAACCGUUUACCAUAUAAAUGUUCAUGUUUUGGAGUGAACUAUCCCUUUAAUUUUAUGGCAAUGCAAGCCAAGUUUUUAGUUGAAUCAAGUAAGUGUUUCUAGUCGUCUCAACUUGCGUCAAUCAAAUAAACUUAAUAUUUUAAUUUAAACUUUUAGAUAACUUUAAAAAAAGUGUUGAUUCAACUAAAAAAUUUAAUGCUACACAACCCAAAUAAUUUUUAAAAUUAAAUUAAAAUUAAAAGAUGUCCAAUAGAUGUCUAAUAGACAUCUAAAUAUAGGCUAAAUUUGAGCUGUCAAUGAACAUCUAUGAAAAGCCCAAAACUAGCCAAAAAAACUUACGACUACAUGUGUGAAGUCUGUCUUAUCUGUAUUUGAUGACUUAUCUAAUAGAUGUCUAAGAGAUGUCUAAAUAUAGACGGCUUUGUUAAAACAAGGUUAAAUUGAGCUGUCUGUGAAAAUCAAAUAGAUAUCUAAGAAAAGCCCAAAACUAGACUAGUCAUCAAAGACAAAAAAAAUUAACGACUACAUAUGUAAAGUAAUCUGUAUUUGAUUACUAGUCUAGUUUUGGUGUAUUCUUAGAUGUCUAUUAGAUUUUCACCAACAACCCAAAUUUGAGCUAUAAGUAAACAUCUAAUAGACAUCUAAGUAAAGUCCAAAACUAGACUAGACAUCAAUUGCAAAAAAAAAAAAAAAAAAAAAAAAAA